AAAACAGACCCCCCAUCAACCUAAACCUAACGCCCCACUCUCUGAUGUUUGGAAAAAAAAAAAAAAAACAGCAGCCAUGACCAACGCCCCUACUGGAAAAAGAGAAAUGAGCAACGCCCCAUCCCUUUUUGAGAGAAUGGUCGAUCCGUCUUCCUAUUCUCACUAAAAAGAUUCAGCCGCGACACACACGAAACAUAGAUAGAAAAAAACGAGAAAAGGGGAAACGAAGGAAGGCUGGAAAAAAACGGAGGAAUCUGAGGGAAUUAGAAUAGUAAAAAGGGGAGGUCACGAAACAGUAGCAAUUCUCUAGGCUCAAAUCAUUAGAAUUGAGACAAUAUAAUACACUACCAAUCGAAGACUUUUCAUAUUCUUGUUUUUUCCCAAGUUGAUUGAUAAAGCUUCGCUGAGCUGACGAAUACGAUACAAUGCGGACACCGGCAUUCUCAAAUCUCGCUUCUUAAAGUUCCGGUCAGCUCUUUGAGUUUCGGUGUUCUAUGGGUCGAGUAGAGUUCGAGUUCGUCCGCGAGGUUCGAGGUUCUGUCGAGGUUGUCGCUGUCUAAGCUGUCUAAGCUGUCUAAGGUUUCCGGUGUUAAGCAUUUUCAGAUUCAAAAUUGCUUUCUAUCGAGAUAUCGUGUCGCAGUGCAAAAGGAUGCAGUAUCUGAAAGACAUUGUACCGGCUGCAUUGAACAAUAUAAACACAAAAUUCAUUGUCUUGGACAAAGGGAGGAUAACUUUGGAAGGGCAACAAAAGAUGUGUUUGGCACUAGUGGCGGAUGAGACAGCUGCAGUUCACUUUCAGAUGUGGGGUGAUGAGUGUGAUGCUUUUGAGCCUGGGGACAUUAUCCGGUUAGAAAAUGGCAUCUUCUCUUAUAACCGCAACAAUCUACUGCUAAGGGCAGGUAAGCGAGGCAAGGCAGAAAAGGUGGGAGAGUUUACCAUGGCCUACGUGGAGACACCAAACAUGAGUGAGAUACGUUGGGCCCCUGAUCCCAGCAAUUCUAAAAUAUAUGUGCCAGAGGCUGUUAUUUCUCCCUUUUCACGAGUGUUUCCACCAGUGAAUUGAGCAUUGGGCAAUCUUCUUUCUGACAGGUCAUCUCCUUUAAACUCUCUUACUUGAAUGUCGCAUUUUUCCUAACUUGAGGAAUAAAGCAUCUCAAAAGUCGUAUGGCUGAGCAAAGUAGGGAGUUACUCAUUUCGCGAUUUCAAUAUAUGGUAGCCUAUUGAGUUCAGAUUCUUUUGAAGGGUUAGUGAUGCAGUAUACUGAUGAUCGUGAGGAUUGAUUCCCAGUGCAUUAUAGAAAGUAAUGCCUCUUUUUCUCUAGCUGGAUUGACCUGAGGUUCCUUUUUCUCUAGUUGGAUUGUCCUGAGGCUCCUCUUGUAUGCAAUUUUUUGACCAAAAAGCAUACUCUACUUCAAUGUGCAAACAAAUGAGAAAAGAUCCUCAAGUCUGGUGAAGUUUUCCUACCUCCAAAAUUUUGAAACAUCUAGUUUCUAAUGAAUUAACGUCGCAGCUUUUCCUAGAUUCACUUCAUUGAGCAACAUACUGUGAUAUAGAGAAUCAAAAGUAAACUUAUUACAUAUAGCUCGUAGUAUUACUUUCUUUUUUUCAUUAUUAUUUUUGUUCUGAUCCAUUCAGGUUAAUGGAUCACUUAAAAGAGUUUCCUAUCUUUGAUUUAUUUUCUUAGGGCUCGUUUGGUACGAGGGAUAAGGGAUAAUUAAUCCCGUGAUUAAAUUUGAGAUGAGUUUAUCCUAUGUUUGGUUGGGAUAAAAUGGCGGUAUAACUAAUCCCGGAAUUAGUUAUCCCGGGAUUGUAGUGUUUUUUUAUCCCUAUGGGAGGGUGGAAUAACUAAUCCGGGAUUGAUAAUAUGGUGUUUUGAAAUUUGUAUUUCAGUGUGUGUUCAUGACUAAAAUCCAAACUCAGCAGCUA